ACACACACGUGGAUGAUGGUUGCUAUGGUCAAUAUCACCAAGUACUAUUGGACCAAAGCCAAAAAGCUCGUCUCUGAUUGGCUGUGGUUUAGCCAAGGAAAUGGAUCUUAAAAUCAGCUGUUCAAUGCUCCGCUGAUGUCAGAACGAAAAGGUUUUUGUUAGAGGAACGAUCUGGACCCCCCUAUUUUUGAGUUCAGAACUCUGUGAACAACACGGUUCUCAAUAUAACUUGGUGUCUGACGGAUAUUCAUGUCAAAUAGUCAACUAGUUAUACCGGUAAACGCCGGUGGUAAGCAAUUGUCUUCACUUUCCUGGACUCGAAUCGUGGACAAAUUCGGUUGUAUCGUGAGAAACAGAAUUAACAUGAAAAUAUCAAACGUUAAUGAAGAUUCUGAAUCGUGGAUCGAUUCUAUAGAUUCAGAAUUACAAGAAGGACAAGUAGACGAAGUAGCCACCUGCAGUUUACUCUCUCAACGUUUAGAAAGCGCACUUCGUGAAGCUAAACUGAAAUCCGUCCUGACUAGUGAAAUCUUAAUACCUUGCAAUCUAACCCACCGAAUAUCCCUAGACGUUAUCAAAAUGGCAGAAGUGGAACCGUGCGGUUUGAAAGGAUGUGUCAUAUACAUCCUCCUGGACGACAGAUCGACGUGUAAGAGGAUAGGAAAAGUAUUCUGUGAUCCUCAAGUGGUAUCGACUUUUGAAGUAUUUCUGACUCUAAGAAAGGACUCUGCUAACAAUUGGUUGAGUCUUCGUAAUUUUAUGAGAAGGCUAGGCAGGUCCUCGCCUCUAGUAAUAAGCCAAGAGUACAAUUUAAGUAAAAGAAAACUGUAUAGAUCAUCUAGUCUCGAAGACUGACAUCUUCCCACCUAUAAGGAUCAAAUUUUCGGUUUUUUUUAUAUACACGCAUAUAUACAAAAUACGUAAUGUAGAAUGUGAUUGUGUUAGUUGUUACAAUUUUUGAAUGUGUGUACUUGUGUGAGCGUGUGUGGUAAUUUCUCCACUCUGAUCUCUCUAUUAGCGAUUUACUCAUUUUUGUGGUCUUUUGUGUGUAAUUUGAAUUUUUUUGGUCUUGGUACACUGAAUGCUCUUGUGCAGUGCACCAGAGCCUGACCAGAUGUAAAUGGCUAGUCGGUUGUCAUCCUCGUUUUCACGUUGCCAACAGGUAAACUUUAUUUUUUACCUUUAAAGUACGUCUCCCACCAUAACGAUAUUUAUCCUCGAGACACUUAAGCAUGUACUUUUUUUACAAUGAAAAAACAAGAGGAAAAAAAAUUAAAAAAUAUAUAUAUAUUAAAAUGACUAUUUUUUGUAGUUUAUUAUGGUUAUUGUGUAUGUAAUAUAUACUGGGACCUAUAACAAUCGGAUCGUUUAUUCUCGUAACCUGUCCAUCCAUGUGUAUGACCGCCAUUUCGCUCCAUCUGCUUCCGCAGGAAAUUCAGAAAAACUUUAAAAUAUUAAAGUAUUUUCGCUAACUAAAUUUAUAACACAAUAAGAUAACAUUAAACAUUCUAAGUCACGUAUUUUUUAGACAUUUACAAUUUAAAUUACCUUUACAUUAUAAAAAUAAAAAAAAAUUACCACGUGUGUACGGUGCCUAUGUAAUUUAAUGGCAAUCUGUUUUCUAAAUUCGCUAUUUAUGUUAGGAAAAGAAAUUAUUUAAGAACUUUUAAGGUUAACAAACUUAUGUAUUGCUCUUUUUUUCUUUCUUUAUACUUUUUUCAAAGAUAAUUAUAAGCAACUCGUUACGGGAGCCAAUUGGGGAAACAGUCGAGUAUUAACGUCACCCGAUUGACGUUUGUGAAUAAUGAAUGUCGAGUUCAUGUCAAUGAACGUACUUCUCGUAAAAACAAACAUUUCCUUUAAAAAAAGGAUGAUAAAUUUAUUAAAAGAACCUUUCAGAGAGAUGUUACAAUUUAUCAAACUGACAGAUUCUAUUUAAUAAAAGAUUUUUACCAACACGUCAAAGUACAAAAAUCAUAUUUAAAGCAUAUUUAAAAGGAAACAGUGCUACUAAGAGAGUAACACUUUUUCCUUUUAGUUAUGAUUAAAAGUAUAAAGAAUAUUUAAAGUAAUAAUUAACAUACCGCUCUU